AAAAGUUCGAUAUGUUUUACACGGUCACACAUCAACGAUACGCUCACUCAAAAUGAAUGAUAAAACCAUUGACGUUAGUGGUUCUUGUGAUGCGACUCUUCGUGUUUGGAAUAUCGAAGAAGGGAGAUUACUUCAUUUGUUGGUUGGAUAUCGAGCGAGUGUACGAUGUAUGGAAAUUUGA